AGACGAGGGACCUGAGGCGCGAUGGUCGCCGCCUGCUAGCUGUGAGCCCGCCCGGCCUGCCUCCCCUCUCCCGCCAUGGACCGGCUUUCCUCGGGGACCAGCCGCCGCUGAGAGACCCCUCCUCAUCCUCUCCCACUGACCGGCCUCCCCUUGAUUCCCUCGGGCUGCGGCCUUCUAGCCUCAGGGGGGCUUUCAGGCGCUGGGAUUCUCACCGGGCCUCCUUUUCUCUGGAGGAGAAGCCUCAGGAGGCUUGGAGGGGCUUUUAUUUUCUUUCCCCUUGGCUCAGGUUAGGUCUCGGGAGUGGGUGGGCUUGUGGGGCGGAGGAGAGGACAGAAGGGACUUUAGGCGGGCGGGCGGGCAGGAUUCAGUCUUCUUCAAGAGAGGGGGCCAGCAGUGUUUUGACACCCGGGGAGCCAAGGCCUUUAGGGCAAAGCUGCCUGGGGAGCAGGAAGAGUGGAGGAAGUUUGGGUGGGAGGUUGUAUUCAGGGGGCGCCCCAAGCAAAAGUGGUCGCGUGUGUUGGGAAAGAAACAGGACUUGGGUAAAAAGGGAGAGGGGGGCGCUUACCUAUCUAUAGCUAACCCUCUUUAGCAUAGGAUAAAGUUGCUUUUCUCCCCCCCUCAGGGUGGGUGACUUUAUUCUAGGAUCAUGUGGCGUCUUCCCAUCCAGGUUAGGUGACAGCUUGGAAAUUGAAAGAGAGAGGAGGCUCUUGCAGUGUGAGGAAGGGGGUGGGAAUUUAAAGACGUGAGCAGAAGCAGGUGGCUGGGAGAACUGGACUUGUUUGUGUGGUGGCAGGUGCUUUUUUGAGAGAGAGCAAGUGUAGAUCUGGGAGGCAUCUUGGGCUUUCUUCUAGGUUCAUUUUUGUCAGGCUACAACUGCUUGGUGUAGCUUGAGGUGAGAGAGAGGGAGCUCCUCUGCCAUCAUCUGUGAAGCUUUUCUGCCUCCCUGUCUCUCUUUGGUGUGGUUUCCCAUCAAGCGGCUCUGAUGCCAGAACAAGGUCCCAGAAUGAACGGUUUCUCUCUGGGUGAGCUAUGUUGGCUCUUCUGCUGCCCACCAUGCCCCAGCCGCAUAGCUGCCAAGCUGGCUUUUCUGCCCCCAGAGCCCACGUACACUGUGAUGCAGCCGGAACAGCAGGAAGCCGGGGCUGCUGCUGGGACACCGACAGGGAGUUGCAGCCUGCACUUGACUGAGCGGGCAGACUGGCAGUAUUCCCAAAGGGAGCUGGAUGCUGUGGAAGUCUUCUUCUCACGCACGGCCCGGGAUAACAGACUGGGAUGCAUGUUUGUGCGUUGUGCCCCUUCCAGCCGGUAUACACUGCUUUUCUCACAUGGCAAUGCUGUGGAUCUGGGCCAGAUGUGUAGCUUCUACAUUGGCCUGGGCUCUCGUAUCAACUGCAAUGUUUUCUCCUAUGACUACUCUGGUUAUGGAGUGAGCACUGGUAAACCAUCUGAAAAGAACCUUUAUGCAGACAUCGAUGCAGCAUGGCAGGCCCUCCGAACAAGAUAUGGUGUCAGUCCUGAGAAUAUAAUUCUAUAUGGACAGAGUAUUGGAACAGUGCCCACUGUGGACCUGGCAUCCCGCUAUGAGUGCGCCGCUGUAAUCCUUCAUUCGCCGUUGAUGUCUGGCUUACGGGUAGCUUUUCCAGACACUAGGAAAACGUACUGCUUUGAUGCUUUCCCCAGCAUUGACAAGAUUUCUAAAGUAACCUCUCCCGUGCUGGUCAUUCACGGUACCGAAGAUGAAGUAAUAGAUUUCUCACACGGCCUGGCGAUGUACGAGCGAUGUCCCCGGGCGGUGGAACCCCUCUGGGUAGAAGGAGCUGGCCACAACGACAUAGAGCUUUAUGCACAGUAUCUAGAGCGGCUAAAACAGUUCAUAUCUCAUGAACUCCCCAACUCCUGAAGAAUCCUUCUUUUUUCUCCCCCCCCCCUUUUUCCCUUUCUUUUUUUUUUACCUCAGUUAACUGUGAACAGAAGAACUUAACCUGUUUUUUGCACAUACAUUAACUGGAUUAGCUGUAAUAGCUUUAUACUAUGAAGAAAUGCCCUGUCAUGAGGGUGAAUCCAAUCAAGUCUGACCUUUUAUAACAGGAAACUAUUCUAACAGUCACUACUGUAAUCCCCAAUAUAUAUAUUUUUUAACCUUCAGUACCCCAGAAGAGUUGGGUUUGUGGAGGGGAAGCUAAUGGAAUAGGAGGAUACUAAAUCUAGUGCAGUUCACAUACUUUCUCCCCCAGCCCCAGCUUCAAAUCACUUACUUUCUGUAACUUUUUUCUUUAAAAUCUUCCCACUCUUCGGAAGGUGAGCAGUCUGGGGCUACAGUCUAAGAACAUUCUUCAUGUAAAAGUUUUUAGCUGUGCUAUUGUAACUGGAAAGCAGGGUUUGUUUGUUUUUUGUGGUGAUGUUUUCUCAUUGUGAUUUUUUUUGGGCUAUCUUACUGACCUUGAGUAAGUUACAAUUAACUGACUUCCACCAGGGAAUGCACCUCCUUUCUAAAUGGGUCUGGUUCAGAAAUAAGCCUUGGAUCAGUUUUCUGGAUAUUUGCAAACUGAAAUAUUCUUAAAAGAAAUAAUGGCUACAAUGGCUAAAUCCUUUAAUUCUUUAUACUUAAAAAAUAAAUGUGUAAAUUUACUAAAUCCGUUAUUCAGAUAAUAUUUGCAGUCUGAAUAACCGCCAUCUUAGGCAUUUUCCUUGUGUAAAGCAUUCCUUAUAGAGGUUUUUAAAAGUAUUGUACAUAAAUGAAUUUACAUUAUGCAUAAAAGUCUUGAUUGAUAGUUUAAAUUUCAGUCUAGUUACCAAUAAAUUCUGGUUUGUAUAUGAUUGAAUACAUUUUGUUACGAUGAGUUUUUAUUCCCCGCAUUAUUUUGCUAUUACAAAUUUUAUAAGGUUUCUGGGACAACUAAAAAAAAAAAUUUACACAUUUGUUUUUGUUCGAUUUAUGUAAAACUUUCAUUGAAACUGGUCCUCUGGAGGGGGGGGGGUUGGGGAAAUUUUAUUCUGACACUGGAAUCGCACAGAAUAUGCAAGAUACUUAAAACUGACACACUAAGGGGCCACAAGAUUCUUUUCCCACCCAAAAUCUGAUGGCCUUAAACGUACUGUACGCCUCUGAUUGUUGUAAAAAGAUGGAUCGCGAUUGAUUAUGGUUUGUGUAUCUGUUGGCAGAACGCAACAGUGGUUGUAAUGGAAUAAAGGAUGCAUGGAACAGA